CGCACUCUCACGAAAUCGCCGAGUUGCGGUGUCAGAAACUCGCGAAAAAGUUAACCAUAUUUCGUGGAAAUGUCGCUCAAUAACAAAUAACAUUUAAUAUCAGUGCCAAAAGUGCAGUGAAUUAUGUGUAGCUUAGCUUAUAGCUGAAUAGUUACGUCUUAAAAUAGUUAUGUAGUAGUUUUGUGUGAGUUUGCUGCUUUUUUGUGUACCUGUGCCGUUUAUCUACCUGUCUCUCUUUCAUUAUGAAGACUGAUGGGCUAUUGUUUUUGUUGAUAGUUGCUGGUCUGGCUUUUCUUCAGAUAUAUUUCUGCGCAGAACUAGUAAUUCACAUUCCUGGCAACCUAGGUCAAGACGGAGUAGUAUAUAGAUUAGAUUACUUUCCUCCCAUUGGGUAUCCAGCGCCGAAUACCACAAUAGCUUCUAAAGAUAUUCGAGAUGUCAUCAAAUUUUCGCAAGCUUUGCCUGGAACCAAAUACGACUUCAGGUUGUAUUAUUCCAAUGCUACUCACAAUAUGCUCACAUGGACUGCCAAUUUUACAACAGUACCUGAUCCACCUUCAGGCCUAUCAGUAGACGUCCGAAAUGGAAAAACCGCCAUCAUUUCGUGGGAUUCCCCUUCGCAAGGCAGCUUCACCAGUUUCAAACUCAAAAUCAAUCCCUUAGUACAUACGUCCGAUCAAAAGCAGCAAACCGUGAUUAUCGAUAACGUCGAUAACAACAUGUACGUCCUGAAGGAUCUCAUUCCGGGAGCCACGUAUCAAGUCCAGGCUUUUACGGUGUUCGAGAAUAAAGAAAGUGUCGCUUAUACUUCUAGAAAUUUCACCACAAAACCGAACACACCAGGUAAAUUUAUAGUUUGGUUUCGAAACGAAACGACUCUUCUAGUGCUAUGGCAGCCUCCGUACCCCGCAGCUAUUUACUCACAUUACAAAGUAUCCAUCGAUCCACCGGACGCGAACGACAGCGUUCUCUAUGUGGAGAAAGAAGGCGAACCUCCAGGACCGGCACAGGCAGCUUUCAAAGGUUUGAUACCUGGAAGAGCUUAUAAUAUUUCGGUGCAAACAAUGUCGGAGGAUGAGAUUUCCACGCCUACAACUGCUCAAUAUAGGACUGUACCGCUAAAACCUCAAAGAAUAUAUUUCGACAGGGAUAAGAUUACGUCACAUUCAUUUGUCGUCCAUUGGGAUCCUCCGAGUGGAAAAAGUGAAUUUGACAAAUACCAAGUAUCUUUGGGUACCGUUAGAAAACCUCCACCAGUACCUAGAUCUAAAGAAGAUCCGACGUUUUGGGAAUUCAAAGAUAACUUGGAACCUGGAAAGACUUAUUCUGUUGUAGUUAAGACUGUAUCUGGCAAAGUUACCUCUUGGCCAGUCACUGGGGAUGUAACACUAAAACCUCUUCCUGUAAAUCACAUACGAACGAAAACUGACGAAAAAACUGGAACCAUUACUAUUUUCUGGCGGCCAGAUCCUAGCAGCACUCAGGAUGGCUACAUGGUAUCCUACCAUGAAGCAGAAAGUACAACGGGUGACAGUAAUACCGUUUCUACGAAUCAAACUGAAAUUAGCUUAGAAGCUCUGCUACCAGGACGUAACUAUUCAAUAACUGUACAAGCGGUGGCUAAAGAUCAACAGUCUUCCGAAGAAUCGAUUUACGUAGUAACCAAACCCAGCGCACCAAUAAUAGAAGAUCUGCGACCCAUGAUCGACGGUUUAAACAUCAGUUGGAAAUCCGAUGUUAACUCCAAGCAAGACAAAUACGAAAUACAAUGGAUCAGAAACGAUACCCACGAAAGAAACAUACGAACGAGCUACGAAUCGAAAAUUAUUCUGAGCCACUUAUAUCCAGGAGCAGGUUAUUUGGUUAAAGUUUUUGCUAUAUCGCACGGAUUGAAGAGUGAACCGCAUGAAUAUUUUCAACCUGUAUUUCCAAGACCACCAAAAAACAUGUCCAUAGAAAAAACAACAUCGAACUCGGUUUUGGUUCAAUGGACGGCACCAUCGGAGUCACUGAUUUCUGAAUACGCGAUACGGUAUAGAACGGACUCAGACAACCAGUGGGUCAGAUUACCGGCAGUUCAGAACACCGAAGCGGAAGUUGCUGAUAUGACUCCCGGCGAAAGGUACACCAUACAAGUCAACACUGUCAGCUACGGUUUGGAAAGUAACGAGCCUCAGCAACUGAAUCAUACAGUCAGACCGAAUUCCGUUUCGAACAUCAACCCGAUAGUAGACUCGAACAACGUGACGUUAGAAUGGCCGCGACCCGAAGGUAGAGUGGAAGUCUACAUAGUAAAAUGGCGAGAAUCGACUAAUCCGAGCCAAGUAAACAAACAGAAUAUUAGUCAAAAUCAAAAUGGAACUGGGCCUGUAAGAAUGCUUAUCGGCGAUCUGAUACCGGGAGUCGAAUAUACGUUCGAAAUUCAAGCUAUAUCUCAUGAAUUGAAAAGCGAAAUUACUAUAUUAAAAACGAGAACAAUGCCUCUAAUUCAAUCCGAAUUGGUCGUCGUCAAUAAUCAACAAUCGACCGAUACGAUCAGUCUUAGAUACACUCCGACGCCCACCAGUACUUCCAGAUUCGACACCUAUCGAUUUUCGUUGUCGGAUCCGGCGAUACCGGAUAAAGAAAAGACAGCGAACGAUUCUGAUCGGUUUAUUACGUUCACCGGACUGGUUCCGGGUAGACUGUACAAUAUCACUGUGUGGACUUUGUCUAAAGACGUCGCUAGCCAACCGUUGCAAAGACAGGAUAGAUUAUACCCCGAACCAAUCACUGGUAUAAAUUCGACGUACAUAUCAGACACCGAAGUAACUUUAACCUGGUCAUCACCACGAGGCGAAUACAACGCUUUUGAAGUCCAAUAUCUAACCACCGAAAACUUCUUCGUCCAAAAUCUAACGACGCACAACUCCAUCAUCAUCAGCGACUUGAAACCGCAUAGAAACUACACUUUCACAGUCAUCGUUCGAAGUGGAACCGAAUCCAGUAUACUAAGGAGAUCUUUACCUGUUUCGGCCAUUUUUACUACUAAAGAGAGCGUGCCUGGUAAAGUGGAUAAGUUCGAACCUGUCGAUAUACAAGCUGGGGAAAUACAUUUCGAAUGGGCGUUGCCGAUAUCCGAGCAAAAUGGAGUUAUUAGAAAAUUUACGAUUACUUAUGGAUUAGAGGGCGCCUCACACAAACUGUUCAAAGAUUUCGGCUCGAACGAGUUCAGGGGUAACAUCAGAAACCUGGAGCCGGGCAGAACGUACAUUUUCAGAAUCCAAGCUGAAACCAGCGUUGGAUUCGGUCCGGAGGCAAUUUGGAAGCAGAAAAUGCCGAUCACCGCUCCGCCUAUACCAAGUUUGCAAGUCGUUCCUACUGAAGUGUGCAAAAGUCCCACUUCGAUCCAAAUCCGGUUCAGGAAGAAUUAUUUUAGUGAUAUUAAUGGGCCGGUAACAUCAUACGCCAUCAUAGUCGCAGAAGACGACUCCAAGAACGCCUCGGGUCUCGAAAUGCCUAGCUGGAGGGACGUCCAAGCCUAUUCAGUAUGGCCUCCUUAUCAAGUCAUCGAACCUUAUUAUCCUUUCGUUAACAGCUCAGUGGAAGAUUUUACAAUCGGCGGGGAGUCGUGCGAUAUCAGACAAGUCGGUUACUGCAAUGGUCCUUUGAAGUCUGGAGCUGUCUAUAAAGUGAAGAUCAGAGCUUUUACAGCACCUGAUAAGUUCACUGAUACCAGUUAUAGUUUUCCUAUUCAGACAGAUCAAGAUAAUACUCCCAUCGUACUGGGAGUAAUAAUUCCCGUGAUACUUAUAGCGCUACUUUUUAUAACCGUCAUAUUCAUAAAGAAACGAAGAGCAGCUGGUAAAAGGAAGGCGACGGAAGCCAGAGUGAAUGAUAGCAUGUCUUUACCGGAUUCUGUCAUCGAAACUAGCAGACCGGUUAGAAUAGAGAACUUCUCCAAUCAUUAUAGGAUUAUGUCAGCAGAUUCUGAUUUCAGAUUUAGCGAAGAAUUUGAAGAACUGAAACACGUAGGACGAGAUCAGCCGUGCACUUUCGCUGAUCUACCUUGCAACAGGCCGAAAAAUAGAUUUACGAAUAUUUUGCCAUACGAUCAUUCCAGAUUCAAACUUCAACCAGUCGAUGAUGAAGAAGGAUCUGAUUAUGUUAAUGCUAAUUACGUACCGGGUUAUAAUUCACCUAGAGAAUUCAUUGUAACCCAAGGACCUCUACAUUCCACGCGAGACGAUUUCUGGAGAAUGGUUUGGGAAUCGAAUUCUAGAUCGAUCAUUAUGUUGACGCGAUGCGUCGAAAAGGGGAGGGAAAAAUGUGAUCAUUACUGGCCUUACGAUACGAUGCCGGUAUACUACGGGGAUAUAUCCGUGCAGAUAUUGAACGAAUCUCGGUAUCCUGAUUGGAAUGUAUCGGAAUUUAUGGUUUGUAGGGGCGAGACUCAGCGAAUCGUAAGACAUUUCCAUUUCACCACGUGGCCCGAUUUCGGGGUACCGAAUCCACCGCACACUUUAGUUCGAUUUGUUAGGGCGUUUAGAGAGAAAGUACCGCCCGAUCAACGACCCAUAGUCGUUCAUUGUAGCGCCGGCGUAGGACGUUCAGGCACCUUCAUCUGUUUGGACCGAAUCUUACAACAAAUUCUGAAGUGCGAUUACGUCGAUAUCUUCGGAAUCGUGUACGCCAUGAGGAAAGAAAGAGUAUGGAUGGUCCAGACCGAGCAGCAAUACAUCUGCAUCCAUCAAUGUCUUCUGGCCGUGCUGGAAGGCAUUGAUCUGACAACGUCGCCGCGAGAGAUUCACGAAAACCAAGGGUUCGAAGAAAUGGUUUCUGUGUUUAUAAGACGUUGUAAAAAGCUGCUAUUCUGUGGUUCAGGCAAAGGUGUCGGUGCUACUGUCGAUUCAUCCAAUUAUGCACAACGGGAAAAACUGAGAUGAUGAAGGCAUCGCUGAAUCCGGAAUGUAAAGAAUCUCUAGAGAAUAAUAGAACGAAAUACGUUUAAAAAUAUUUCUUAAAUUGAAAAUGUUUUAUAUUGAUAGUUAAUAAGAUCCAUAAACAGUAUAAUCAUUUUUGUGACAAUUAAUUUGAAAUGUAUCCAAAUUUGGCUUAAAAAUUAUCAAAUUUUGAUAUAAAAUGUCAAAUUUGUGUCAACAUUCUUCCAAAAAAUCCUCUGUGUUCACAAAUUUGCCAGAUUCCAUCCGAAACAUUGACAAAUCUAGUUAAAUAUUUGAAAAAAUUUCAAAAAUUGCAAUAUGGCUCAGUAUUGGUCAAUUUGGCAUGUAAAUUUGGCUCAAAAUAUUAAAUUCGUGGUUCAAAAAAAUAUAAUAUUUGGGUAAAAAAGUGUACAAUUAACGGUUAAAAAAUGUCAAAAUUUGUGUCAGCAUUCUUCCAAAAAAUCCUCUUAUUCAUAAAUUUUCCUGGUUGGAUCAAAAUUGACAAUUUCACCCCAAAAAUUGACAAAUGUAGUCAAAUAUUUUAUUUGCAAAAUGCCAAAAAAUUGCAAAUUUGGCUCAGUAAUGGUCAAUUUGACUCAAAACAUGCAAAUUUGGCUCAGUAUACAAAUUGUACUAAAAAUGUUCAAACAAUAAAAAAUUUGGGUAGAAAAGGGCCACAAAUUUGCAAAUUUAGUAAAAACUUUCUAAAAAAAUCACUCACUCAAAAACUUCACUGUUAAAUUACGAAUAUUAAAGACGCCGUUGCCGGUGUGGACCUUUUUUGAUAGUAACGAUUGCUAUUAUUGAAUAAUGGCGAAUUUUCCUGAAGAGAAUGUCCACUUUGCGUCAAAAAUAGCGAAUAUAGUUCAAAAAAUGCCAAAUUCUGCUCAAAAAUGGCAAAUUACCAUUAAAAAUGUCAAAUUUACACUAAGAAUUGACCAUUCGGCUAAAAAAUUUGCAAAUUUUAUUUAAUAAUUGUCAAUUUGGAUUAAAAAAUUGUAAAUUUGGCGAUAAAUGUGAUUAAAAUAUGAUAUUUGGCUCAGAUGGAAAAUUUGACUAAGACGGCCAAUUUGCAUUAAAAAAAUGACACCAAGAAAGUCCAAUUUAUGUAAAGAAUUAGUCAUAUGGCAAAAAUUGCAAAUUUGGCUUAAUAAUUGUCAGUUUAGAAAAAAAAAUUGUAAAUUUAGCCGAAAAUGUGUAAUUUGAAUCAAAAAUGCUGAAUGCGAUUAAAAUAUGACAUAUUUGACCCGUAUGGCAAAUUUGCAAUAAAAAAUGAAAAUUUGCGAAAAGAAAGUCCAUAUUUAGUUAUUCGAUUAAAAAUUGCAAAUUUCGCUUAUUAAUUGCCACGCUGGACUAAAAAUUUAGCUGAAAUGUGCAAUUUGCGUCAAAAACUCCCAAUGUGACUAAAAUAUGGCAAAUUUGGCUUAAAUGCCAAAUUUGGCUCAAAUGGUUAAUUUGUCUUAAAAAACGGCAAAUUUGGCUAAAAAGUUAAACUAAUUUUCACUGACAAUGAUUAAACUGAAAAUGGAUUGUAUUAAACACGUUAUCAAAAUAACUUUUGUACUAUUUAUUAAACAUUUUUGUACUGUAGCUAUUAAGUUUGUACAAAUGAAAGAAGAGUAUUUUUUUAGUGCUUCCAAUUUUAUUUUUUGGAAAAUACUUUUAAUUUGUUGAAUGUACGUAGGUAUGGAUGUUUUUAACUUUCGUUACCUAUUUUUAAAAAAUAUUUUGUGGACCAGUUACAAGAUUUAACAAUGAAAUGACAUUUGUUUGUAGGAAAAUAUAUAUAUGAACGCCUUUUUUGAAUUUUAAGUUAGUAAAAAUAAUACUGUGAUAAUUUCUAUACGAUUUCUAGAAUUUAAGCGGAA